AUGAAACGAAACAAAUCCCUGGGCGACUUUCUGUCUUACUUCUUCAACUUUCCUUUCUUUCACUCCCAAUCAAUUUUAUUUUCGACUAUUAACUCUCUCUCUCUCUCUCUCUCUCUGUCUCUCUCUCUCUGUGUCUCUGUCUGUCUGUCUCUCUAUCCCUCUCUCUCUCUUUCUCUUUAUCUCUCUCUCUCUCUCUCUCUCUCUCUCUCUCUCUCUCUCUCUUUCUUUUUAUUCUCAAUGCUCUUGGUUUACCUCUAUCUCUGCCAUUUCUUACUUCUCACUCUUUUUUACUUUCUCUCUCUCUCUCUUUCAUUCUCUCUCUCUCUCUCUCUCUCUUUCAUUCUCUCUAUAUUUUCCACACCUUUCUCUCUCUUCUUAAUAUCUGUCUGUCUUUCUCUUCCUCUCUUUUUCUAUCGCUUAGAUCACUAUAACCUUCCUCUACAUUUCCACAGCCUUUGCUUUUUUCAGUUCUGUCCUUUCAGAUCAUUUCUCCGAAUUUCUUGCUUCUCAGAAGUCUUGCCUCACGAGCCAGAAAUGAUCGGCUCAUUGACUUCAACCUUGAUCAUUCACCAUUUGUGUCCAUCUUCUUGCUUUCUCUGCACUAUCAGCCAUUUACACCUCACUGACAACACAUUUGCUCUUUUUAUUUUUCUAAUAAUUGUUGCUAUUCUGUCUCUCUUCACACAACUGUUUUUUUUUCUUCUUUUUUCACUAUUCUUUAUCAGUUUAUUUCUAUUUUUUCGUUUUCCUUUUCCGUUUCAUUUGUAUCUCACUCUCUUUUCUUUUUUCUUUUUUUCUUUCUCCUUAUUACUUUUCUUUCUUCUUCGUUUCGCUAUUCUAAAUCCGUUUGAGACUUUUUCCUUCUUUUUCCAAAUUUCUCAUCAUUAUUUUUUCUUUAUUUCUCCUCACUUACCUCCCUUUUCUUUGUCGUUUUUUUUUUUACUCCUUUUCUUUCUUCUUCCGUAUCAUUUCCAACAACAACUUUCCACUUGUCAUUCUCUUUCAUUUUUACAGCAGUUUCUCUUGAUAUUUUCUUUUCUUUUUUUCUUUUAUUCAUCUUUUCUAACAACCAAUUUUUUCUUUCCUUUUUACGCUUUCUUCGCUUUGCGUUUCUUCGUCUCCCAUCUUCCUUUCUUUCUUUUUCUUUCCCAUUAG